AGGCAAGAUCCCAAGGAUCUGAUACGAUGGAGGGGUCCGUCGUGGAAACCGUGGCAUCGGCUGCAUUGACACCUGGGGGAGGGGCGGCUGGGACGGCACCUCCACAACAACAUGUCUGGGGUAGUGAACCUAUUGAAAUUGGUCAUGGCUUUGGGGACUCCCUGGAAGGAGGGGGGUAUGUCAUCAAGGGGUUCCUGGGAGGGGGAGGUGGUCUAGGAACCUUCUACGAGGCUGAGACAAAGAAAGGGGAUAGGGUGGCAGUCAAGGCCCUUUCAUUGAUGUCAGCAUGGGAAGACAUCCAGCUCUUCGAGAGAGAGGCCCAGGUGUUGAACCACCUGAGUCCUCAUGGUGUUCCGGAGUAUGUGGACUUUUUUGAAGCCGAUGCGUUCUAUCUUGUCCAGAAGUUUCCUAACGGUCAGUCUUUGGAGGAACUGGUGUCGAAGACGAGGUUUGGGUUCUCUGAGAAUGACAUUGUGGAUAUAGCUGUGGAGGUACUUCGAGUUCCGUCAUAUCUGGAGAGUUGGCAGGUAGUUCAUGGCAAGAUCAAGCCCGCCAACAUAAUCGUUGACUUUAAGAGUGCCCAGUUGGAAGCGACUUGGGAGGGACAUGUCAAGGUGGCUGGUUUCGGGGCGUUGCAAGAUGGGUUGAUGGCGCCGAAGGUAGAAGCCAGUAGCAGGGGAUUCGAGACACAUGGAUACAUGGCCCCUGAGCAGUCUCAGAACAGGUUUGUAAGUCAGGUAGACCUCUAUGCUCUUGGGGGAACCAUGCUAUAUUUGUUGUCCGGUCGACAGCCGUCGGAUUUCCCGCAGAAGCGGCUCAGGAUCCACUUUCGCGACCAGGUGCAGAUGAGCGGGUAUCUGGCGGAUGUGCUGGACAAGUUGUUGGAGCCCACACCGGAGGAUAGAAUCCAGUGUGCCCAAGAUGUGAUCUCCGCAUUGAGGAUUCAGAAACUUGUGGUAGAGGAUGCAGCUGUGUGCCCAGAUGCAGUUGUGGUCUUGCCCAGAUGGAGUGUGGGGGGCAGACAGUCUCUUCAACAAAAGCCGGCAGGGUCUAAGGUUUCUAUGUCAGCGACCAGUAGCGAGCUGGUCCUGGACAUUCCACCACUUGAUUUGGUAACUUCAGUUUUCGUUGUGAUGUUGACGGUGAUCCUUUUGUUCGGGUUUAACUGCGGGUGGACUUUAUUUGUCCGAAUUGUCCUCCAGAGUCCCUCCUUCGGCUUUUUCAAAGACUCAAGUAUUCUGAGCACCUUGCCCGUCUGUGUGGUUUUGAUCUUGAGGAGCACGAUGGCCAGAACUCGCCUGCAGAUUGUGGCAGGGGGUGCAUUCUCCAUCUCUUCGGGUGUCAGGGGCUGCCUUGGGGGAGUUGCAGCCUAUGGCCGAUCACAGGAUCUGCUCGGUGCUAAAACGGUUGUGGUUGGAGGGCGGGUGACCAUGUGUCAGCUCCUUGAGGGGGUGAAGACCCAUAAUUUUGGUGGAGAUGGGCUUAGUGAGGUAGAGAUGGUAUGGAUUGUGGAAGUGAUUAAUUCUUUUCUCCUUUCAGGGCAAAACAGCCAUUUAAGGAUGGAGGAAGGGGGUAGUUCUCUGAGCCCUGUGGAAAAGGAGAUGUGAAAUAACUUAUUUGAGGACAGCAACAGGUCACCAGGAAACGUAUUGAUAGAAAUCAAACAGACAGUAGAGG